AUGAGGGAGUUUUCCUCGUCGCUCGGCUUGACGGUGGGCAAGCUCGGGACCCUACUUGUCGCAGCGUCAUCAUGCAUCGUACCUGGAAUCCGCGCAGUCCAAUUCACCCGCAUACCAUCGCCGAAUCUCGAUCUUAAUGGAUUGGGUCGCGUUGCCGUCGCCGGCGAUUUCGAUGCCGUGUCGCUCUACCAGUACGAAGGUCAGACUGAAGCGAGUUUCAGCACGAAUGGAAGCCAGUCGCUGCUUUCGCGAUAUCCGAACGGCGCAUUCGCAGAUCUAGGAGCAACGGACGGACACAUCAGAGAGCUGUGUCCCUUCGUGCGAAGCGAUGGAACUAUGGCUGGAGUGAUAAUAGGCGGAAACUUCACGAGUGUGCAGGGUGUUGAAGCGCAGGGCAUCGCAUUCCUCGAUACGAACACUGCAGAGAUAACACCAUUGCCUGGCUUGAGCGGUAGCGUGGCGGCGAUAUUAUGCGACCAGGAAACCGACACCGUCUACGUUGGAGGCUCGUUUACCGGUGGAAAUUCGACGAAUGCGAUAGCGUGGCGCGGCGCCUGGGACAAUCUUCCCUUCGCAGGCUUCAAUGGACCGGUCACCUCCAUUACUAAGGCGCCUAGCGGAAACGUUGUAUUUGGUGGAGCGUUCAAUGGCUUGGGCAACAUUAGCUUGCCUCAAAGUGGCCCAACCCCACAAGUUAUUCCGGUUGGGUCGGCCAACAUUACAGCAGGCUCAUCGACCUCGACUGUCGGCUACAUCAAUCCGCGAAAUAUCGUCUGCAAGACGAGCGAAUCCGACGGCCCCGGCAACACCUGGCUCCUCGCAGACAACACUCCAGGCUACUGGCAGGCAAGGUAUCGGUUUGGUUUCCAGCCGACAAAGUUGCGCUUGUACAACACCCAAGUUGAUGGCCGAGGGACGAGGACAUGGAUGCUCACAGCGCUGCCGCUCAAUGGGAUCAUGAACCUUACCUACACUGGCGCUUCCGGCCGAGAAGAGUGGUGCACCAACGAAUGCCCAUUGCCGCGAAACAACGACACCUAUCAGGACUUCACCUUUGCGAACGUUGUUGGCAUGAACGGCUUUCGUAUCGACAUCUCAGCUUGGUAUGGCCGCGGCGGCGGAUUGAGCGGUAUCGAGCUCUUCCAGGAUGAUAUAUAUUCCUUUGCCAUCAACGAUUUCAAUCAGCCAAACUGCGACGCCGUUAGCGAGGAAGCGCACUCCAGCGUCACCGGGCCGUGGACGGUUACGCCGUCUGGUACUACAACUUCUGACUACCUCACCGCGAGAUUAACUGGACCCGACAUUGGCCCGCUGUCCGCGAACGUCGUGUAUCAGCCCGACAUCAAACAGCCCGGGAACUACACAGUUACAAUCUACACGCCAGGUUGUAUUCAGGACCAGACCUGCCGCGAACGAGGCAGAGUGAACAUUACAGGCAUCAUGGGCUCGGGAACUCGCGGGCCCAGUCAGCCGAUAACUACGGAGCUUUUCCAGACGAACGAUUUCGACAAGUACGAUCAAGUUUAUUACGGCUAUAUUGACCCAGCUUCCGAUGUCUUCCAACCUACCGUCACUAUCUCACCUGCCAUCGGGCAGAGUGGACCGCUAACCAUUGUGGCGCAGCGCGUACGCUUUGAGCUUCUAACAGCUGCCGGCGGUCUCAAUGGCCUCUUUGAGUUCGAUCCAAACCAGGCGGUCGUGGACGAAGACUUGUCGCAAUCCAACAUCAACACGGCCGGAAUGAACCUGAAUGCUGGUGCCCUAAUCACAUCCCUCGAGGCGCAAGAUGACACUGUGUACGUCGCUGGCAAUUUCCGCCAAGCCGAUUACUACAACAUCUUCUCCAUCAGCGGUAAUAACACAGAGAGUUUGCCGGGCGGCGGCUUGAACUCUGAGGUCUCGACCAUGCUUCGAAACGGCAACACUCUGUAUGUUGGCGGCCACUUCAACAACACACGCGACAAUACCAGCGAUGCGCUGAGUGGAGUUGCUGCGUAUUCAAUGUCAGACAAUACCUGGGCGCCACUAGGCGCAGGCGUCAAUGGCAACGUUUAUUAUAUCGUACCGCUGGAGCUGAAUGUUACUGAAAACCAGCCUGAGCUGUGCCUUGCCAUCACUGGAGCCUUCACUCAAGUGCGAGCGUUUGGCGCCAACGCGUCUUACCCCGUCAACAACUUUGCUGUAUGGGUACCCGGGCGCCAGAACUGGCUACGCAACCUUGGGGUUUCAACAAUCUCCAUCAGUGGGGAACUCAUCGCUCAUACGGAUGUUCCUGGCUCCAGCCCUCUCUGGUCUGGGGCCAUCUCGUCGCAGGUCUUCAGUGUCAGCGGUUCAGUCGGCCUUGGGAACUCGGGCAACUCGCUAUGGCGGGUUCCAGCCAACAUCCAGCCGCAGCAGGCCACUGUGCCCUCGCUGGUGGAAAAGCGCGCACUCAGUAGGCAGAACGUCACCGGUGCUGCGACUGGCAUCAUCUACACCGAGAACAAUCUCAACAUCACCAUCCUCGGGGGCCACUUCACUGCGACUGCUUCAAACGGGUCGGACAUCAACAACCUGGUCUUCAUCAACGGGUCAAACUCCAACCAAGUUACUGGUGUUGGUAACGGGUUGGACGCUGAUUCUGUCUUCCUUGCGCUGGGAACGCAGGGCACCACGCUCUUCGCUGGCGGCACGAUCUCAGGGACGGUGAACGACGACGAAGUUAAUGGCCUCAUCGCAUAUGAUCUCGCUGGCGCCAACUACGCGCCUAAUCAACCUCCUCCGUUGACGGGCGAAGAGGUUGCAGUAUUCACCAUUGCGGCACAGCCUAAUACUCAGUCCGUCUUCGUCGGAGGCAGUUUUGACUCCGCUGGCGACUUCGAUUGCCCUGCUGUAUGCGUCUACGAUACCGCUCGGUCGCAGUGGAUCAGUCCGGGGACUGGAAUAGCUGGCAGCGUCGGAUCAAUGACUUGGGUCUCCAACAACCAGCUCAUCAUCGGCGGUAAUCUCACGGUGGGCGGCAAUGAUACUUCUCUGGCUACGUAUGACGCCGGUACCAGGGCCUUCACAGAGUUCACGAACGGCGGAGAGAUUCCAGGCCCUGUGACUGCGUUGACGACCGCCAACAGUGACGGUACAGAGUUCUGGGUUGCAGGACAGACCGCCAGUGACUCGGCUUUCCUGCAAAGGUAUGUCGAUGGAGGUUGGCGGUCUGUAGGCGAUACGCUAGGCACAGGCACCGUUAUUAGGGGACUGCAGGUGUUUUCAACGACCUCGAACCACAGAGACGCAGAGCCUCUGCUGGAAAGAAAUCAGGUCCUGCUCAUUCUCGGCCAGAUCAAUGUUCCCAACUUCGGAACUGCCUCGGCUGUCUUGUUCAAUGGCACGACCUUUACGCCCUUCCUGCUGACGACCACGGGUUCAAACUCCCCUGGCAGCUUGUCUACAACAUUCGUACAGAACCCGCAAGGCUUCUUCAACGUCAGAAGUAACCGCCUUGCCGUCGGCUUCGUCGUCCUGAUUGGCCUCGCGAUCGCUCUCGCGCUGAUCUUCCUUCUCGUCGUCGCCGGCAUCCUCGCCGAGCGUAUACGCAGGAAGCGUGAAGGCUACAUGCCCAUCCAGACUCAGAUGUUCGACAAAAACACAAACGUCAGCCGCAUCCCGCCGGAGCACCUUUUCGGCAGUCUAGGGCCCGGAGGAGGCCGGUCGACGCCGGCGCGGUUAUGA